GAGUGAUUCCGCGUCGGUCACUCAUUCACUCACUCAAUUCAGUCACUUUGUAUUAGUUGAGAAAUAAAAGUAUUUAUUCCAUAUAACGUCUCAUUCAUUCCAUAAAACAUCUCUCCGGAGGCUGUAAAAGGCACGACGAGAAAGCGACGAGCGAGAGAUAACUCGUGUAACGAUUAUAUAUAUUAAGACGCGUUCAAGUUUAUUCAGUAUCUCGAAAAAGCUGAAGAAGUAUUAAGUUUUAAAAUAAUGAUAGUGCUAAACUUUCGGUUUGUGAAUCUUGUUUUUGCGGUUAUCACCCUUGGGACACUUCUGUUUUUAUUUCUAAAAUAUAAGCGUACCUACUGGCAAAGAAAAGGUGUACCUACUUUACCUAGUCAUUGGCUGUUUGGUAAUAUAAAAGAUAUAAUACAAUUGAAAAAGUCUCCCGGCUUGGUGAUCGGUGAACUACACCAGAAAGCUUCUAACAACGACGAUAUUCUUGGAAUCUAUAUUCUACACAAGCCAUUCUUACUACUGAGAAAUGCAGAGUUAAUCAAACAGAUUUUAAUCAAAGAUUUCAAUUACUUUCCGGAUCGCUAUUUCACGGCCCAAUCGCUUCGAGAUAAAAUUGGAAGCUCUAAUCUCUUCACGAUCCACAAUCCAGAAUGGAGAAACUUGAGAACAAACUCUCUAUCCUUUCUCUCCAUAGACCGCAAUAGUUGA